AUUAGUUAGUAAAAAAAAAAAAUUAAUAAAAUGAGACCAACGCAAUUUAUGAUAAUGUGUAUAGAGCUCUAAUAUGUUGGGUAUUCAAUUGGUGUGUUUGGGAUUGUUUUUUUUUUAUUCUAUGUUUUUUGAUAGUUUCAAAUAUGCUCAACCCAAAGGAACGAGUUCCUAGUCCAAAUUUGCAUGCUUUAAAGUGCACAACAUUUGGUUCUUCAUCACCAAUUCAAUUGAAUGUGCCACUUAUAUCUCCAUGGAAAAAAAGUAAAGUGGGCUGUAUAAUACAGCCAAGAUCGAAUGAAGAUUUCCAACAAUCAUUGGAUUUAGAAUUGAACCACUUUAACAAAAAUCCAACAUCUUUCAAUAUAGGUGAUGGUGGUGUUUCAUUUAAGGAAAUGACAAAUAAACAGUUUCAGUAUGCCAUGCUAAUGAAGCUAGAUUUGCUGCAGCAGAAUCAACUUAGAAUAAUGGAGCGAUUGGACAACAUAGAAACAAAGCCAAAAAGUUGUACUACUGAUGAAGGUUCCAUAACUACAAUCCCACACAGAGAUAUUAGGUGUUUUAAUGAAGAAGAGGAAACUCUCAAAGCAAGUUCUAGUGCUGUGAAAAACAAGAUCACUCAAAUCAAAUCCAUUGGUGGUGCAACAGCACGAAAAACUGUCAAAAAUGUUUUAAACCAGUUAAUGGUGCCACAAGUCCAAAACUUAUUUAGAAAAGAUGGAUUAAAAGGCAAUCUUAAAAUACAAGCAAUUGCAAUUUACUUUUUUGUUUGUUUAGUAGGCUUAGUAUCCAAAAAAACCGGUUAUGAUGCCGCAACUAUCGAAGCCCUUGUUGGCGACUUAUUGAAGCGGGCGUUGCCAAAAGUAGACAUGAUUACUGCAGUUUACCAUGCUGUUAUGAAUGGUAAACAGCAGCAAUUAUUACCUUUCUAG